AUGCGUGCCAUAAAUAUAGUUCUUUUUGGGAUACUUGGAGCUACUCUUUUAUAUUAUGUUUAUGAAUAAUCAUAAAUUGAUUCGACUCCUUUUGAUUUAUAAACAAUUCAGGAAAAGGAAUUGGAAGCAAGAUAGAAAAUGAGUGGAAAUAAAAACUAUUAAAUUCCUAAUUUCUUUUUUGUUACCCCAUGGUAUAUUUGAAAAUAAGAAUAGGAAUAAGGAUGGAUAUCAACUUACAAUAAAAUAUGCAUAAAAAAUAGAUAUGGUAAGCCCAGCAUGGUUUAGUAUUAAACAGAAUAAUGUUGUUGAUGGAAAAUAAAUUGUUAACGAAUAAUGGAUUUAAGAAAUAGUCUUAGCUAAUCCUUAAAUUGCUAUAAUUCCUAGAGUUUAAAUUGAAUUAUAGGAAAAAUCAUUUAUAUAACAAAUUAAUAAUCCAAAAUUAUUGGAAACAAUAAUCAAUUUAGUAGAACAAUAUUCUAAUAAAUUUCAUGGAAUAAUGAUUGAUACACCCUAUAUAUCAUACAUUGAUGCUUUUGAUGCUUAAGAUAUAGUUAAAUUUCUUUAAAAAUUAAAAGCAAAACUNUGA